UCGUCAAGCUCACAAAAUUCGUUAUAUCAUUAUCUUCAGCCAGCAGGCUCGUUCUCGCAGGGCAGCGGCCAUGCGAGCUACCCGAUGUAUUCCGUUGUAAGAAAUAUUGCAGGUCGGUCGGGACCAUACUUGAAGCUUAAAACCGUAUGGUCUUCAAGUUCUCGAUCAUGCAUUCUUCGCCGGACGUAUGCUACGGCACAGCUCGACUUACCUGCUUUAGACCGGAAAUGGCGUCAAGCUUCGAGGCGCGGCGAGCGCCCCGGAGAGGGUGGCCAGCUUCGUGGUGAAACAGGUGGUGAUACUGCUUUAAAGCGUGAUAAUUCUCAGUCCACCAGCAACCAUAUGUACAUACUUUCUAUGUUCCCGUAUCCCUCAGGCAACUUACAUCUCGGCCAUCUUCGUGUUUACACCAUAGCCGAUGUAGUAGCACGAUUCUACAUGUUACAAGGCCGUGAUGUUCUUCUUCCAAUGGGCUGGGAUGCCUUCGGGUUACCUGCUGAAAAUGCAGCAAUUGAACGCGGCAUUGACCCCGCUGUCUGGACGAGGGACAACAUUGCUCGUAUGAAAGAGCAGCUCGAGUCGAUGAAUGCGAGCUUCGAUUGGUCACGGGAAUUUGCAACAUGUGACCCGGAAUUCUACAAGCACACGCAGAAAAUAUUCCUUCUCCUUCAUAAGCACGGCUUUGUGAGUCAGCGGAAAGCGACUGUGAACUGGGACCCUGUUGAUAAGACCGUGUUGGCAAACGAACAGGUCGACUCAGAUGGUCGAUCAUGGAGAUCGGGCGCAAAGAUCGAGCAGCGCGAGCUUGAGCAGUGGUUCUUCCAUAUUACCAAAUUCAAGGAAUCGUUGCUACGAGAUCUUAAGAAGCUUGGCGAGGAUGAUGCCUGGCCCGAGAGAGUCUUGACUAUGCAGAAAAAUUGGCUAGGACGCACAGAGGGUGCUUACUACGAGUUCCUCGCCAAUACCGAGGACGGAAGACCCGAGUCUCACAAGGUAAAGAUAUACACAACAAGACCAGAAACUAUAUUCGCAGCCCAGUUCCUCGCUCUCUCCCCACAUUCGCCUAUCGUACAAAGGUUAGCACAAGAUGAUCCAGAACUUCGGGAGUUUAUAGAGCGCGUAAAGGAUCUUCCCCCUGAUACCACAGAAGGUUACCAGAUAUCACAACUAAAUGCAAUAAGCCCACUUUCCUCCCUCAAGGACGUUCCAGAAGAAAAUCUCAAACCUCUUCCGGUAUAUGUUGCUCCUUACGUCAGAGGAGAUUAUGAAACCGGAGCAAUUAUGGGAGUCCCAGCCCACGACGCAAGAGAUUUUGCAUUUUGGAGAAGGCAUCGCCCUGAAGAGCCACUAAAAUAUGCUGUCUCGCCCGACUCAGACGGAUCUAUCUCUACCCUCAAGAAUGGGCCUUACUUAGAGGCAGGAUUCUUGACCCCUAUUACUGGUUCUUACUGCGCAACGCCCUCUAGCGCUGCAGCGAAGGAUAUCGUCUCUCAGAUCAAAGCUGCAUCCAAUCUCGCAGAAAGUAACACCAAAUGGAAAAUCAGGGACUGGUUAAUUAGCAGGCAGAGGUAUUGGGGGACUCCAAUUCCUUUCAUCCACUGCAAUACGUGCGGCCCGCAGCCUGUCCCCGAAGAUCAACUUCCAGUCACCCUUCCCAAAGUCGAUCAUCACUGGGAAAGUGGCCGUCCCGGUAACCCUCUCGAGUCCGCCGCCGAUUGGGUUAACACCUCGUGUCCAAAGUGUCACGGCCCAGCCAAGCGAGAUACCGACACGAUGGACACGUUUGUGGAUUCUAGCUGGUACUACAUGAGGUUUGCAGACCCCAACAAUUCAGAGGUCCCGGUGUCCGAAGCCGCGGCAAAAAGCCACCUCCCAGUAGAUAUCUACAUUGGCGGAGUCGAGCAUGCGAUUCUCCACCUCCUCUACGCUAGAUUUGUGUAUAAGGCAGUUAUGAGUAUUUUGUAUCCCGAAAUGGGCGUCACUAAUAAAGAAGGUGGACAUCUUAAUUCGCCACUAGACUUCUCAGGAGAACCUUUUAAGCGACUCAUCACCCAAGGCAUGGUACAUGGCAAGACGUACACGGACCCUGAAAGCGGGCGCUUCUUGAAGCCAGACGAAGUAGACCUAUCAAAUCCUUCUGAGCCGAAAGUAGUGGCGUCAGGAAAGACCGCGACAGUAUCGUUCGAGAAGAUGUCCAAGUCCAAACACAACGGUGUAGAGCCGACCUCCUUUAUUUCCAAAUAUGGAUCUGACGCUACAAGAGCUCACAUCCUCUUCCAAGCACCCGUUGGAGAGGUUUUGAACUGGGACGAAGAUAAGAUUUCUGGCGUCACGCGCUGGUUGCGUCGAGUAUACGACUUUGUCCAGGGCAUUCGAAAAUCAGGGGAAUUUGAGUCAAUAUCCAGUACUAACUUCGAUGGGAAAGCUUAUUUCAACCGCUCCGUAGAUGAAAUACAAAAGAUGAACGAAAAGGAAUCAGCGCAAUGGGCUGCUGAUGUGGAGGUGUGGCGUACGACGCAGAACACUAUUGCAUCCGUUACCAAUGCGCUGGAAAAGGUCUACCCCUUAAAUACUACGGUAUCAAGCCUGAUGGGCCUCACAAAUGUACUCGUCGAAAAGCAGCUAGCUUCGGAUAUAAUCAAGCGCGAAGCUACACGGCGGCUUAUACAGAUGAUGGCGCCCAUCACGCCUGCAUUUGCUGAGGAGUGCCGGAGCAUCCUUGCGCCCAACAGCCGAAGCAUAUUCGCCAAGGGUGAACGCAGUUGGCCUACCCUAGACGGAUCGAUACAGCUUCUAGGACGAAGCCACGUUUCUUGCGCCGUCCAGGUAAACGGUAGGGUGCGGUGCGUGGUGGAUAUACCAACGAAGCCAGCAGAGAUCGCAGAUGGUGGUGAUGAAUUCCGCGACUGGGUUACAGAGGAGAUCCUCAAGUCACCGGAGGCGCAGGCUAAGCUCGUUGGCGAUCUCGACAUCAGGAAGGCGAGCAAGGUGUUCCCCGUCAGAGGCGGCGCGGUCGUCAAUUAUGUUAUUCCAAAGAAAAAGGUGUAGAUAAAGGGGAUAAAGGAGUACAUGCUUGAUUAGAUACCCAGCUCAAUGCUUGGCUAGACGUGUAUAACUACUAAAGAUAGAUGAAUGUAUAUAAUAGAGAGGAGUAACAUAUGGAGCACUUCUGGCCGAUGAACCUCUACAAUAUAUAUUCGUUUUGGUUGUAA